UGUCCUGUUCAACAACUGUGCUGGGGAGGAAGUCUGCUUCAGUGAGAAUGUCCAGAGAUAAGACAUCCUGAACUGGCUCUUUUCCCCAAAUGGCACUUUAGAUCCUGCGCGAGUGGGAUGGAUGGAUGCCAGGGCCCUUCCAGGCCAGGACUUCAGCAUCCGUUCGGAAGCGAUUGUGUGGGCCACAGAGAAGCCACCCACUGCAAGGUGUACCGAGUGGUGCUUCCCAGGGCAGUGGAAGAGGGUUGCAGCCGGGAGGCCGGUGUGCUGCUCCGAAUGCCUCGCUUGUCAGGAGGGGACCUUCUCGAACCACACAGAUGCUGAUCGCUGUGUGGCAUGUCCUGCAGAUCAACACCCAAACCAGAAUAAGGACCAGUGUGUCCCGAAGAUGGUCCACUUCCUCUCCUUUCAGGAGACCCUGGGGACAGUCUUGGCGUCCCUGGCUCUUUCCCUCUCUCUGCUCACGGUUCUAGUCCUGGCAACCUUCAUCCAACAGCGCCACACGCCCAUCGUCAAAGCCAACAACCGGGGCCUCACCUACGUUCUCCUCACCUCUCUCCUGCUCUGCUUCCUCUGCUCCUUUCUAUUUGUCGGACAACCUAACAAGCUUACCUGCCUCCUGCGCCAAACUGCUUUCAGCAUAACUUUCUCCAUUGCCAUUUCUACCAUUUUGGCCAAAACGGUGACGGUGGUUCUGGCGUUCAUGGGCACCAAGCCAGGACACCUGGCCAGGAGACUGGUGGGGGGACCACUGCCCUGCUCCAUCGUGUUGGUGUGCCCCCUCCUCCAGGCCACCCUCUGUUCUGCCUGGCUGGCCACUUCCCCCCCUUUCCCCAGUGUGGACUUUCACUCCUUUGCGGGAGAGAUGAUCCUGGAAUGUGACGAAGGCUCGGCUGCCAUGUUUUACGCUGUCCUGGCUUACAUGGGCUUCCUGGCUUUU